CUGCUAUAAUUUAAGCGCAAAUUGAUGACGGGAAAAGCGACUCACUUCGUCUUCGCUCUAGGUGUUAAAUCAUGUGACAACCUUCCACUGGUCCUGUAACGGCACAUUUAAAGCGACCAGGCUGUUAGUCAGCAGAUCUGUGUACAUGCAGACAUUGUGAUGAUCAGGGGCGGACACACGGAGCACGCCGGAGGGGAGACCUGAGCUGAAGUUACUUUUGCGCAACUCGGAUUAUCGAUCGGUGUGAUUUUCUACGAGGCGUUAAAAAAAAGAAGAAGAAAAACAUAAUUUCUUCGAACAGUUUGGUGACAUUCCCUAUACAGUCUCCAUCGGAUAAAACAGUCCCGUGAUGGUGAAUAGCCGUGUGGAGUCGUCAGCUGUGGCUGUAACAGGUGGAGGAGGAGGUGGAGGAGGAGGAGGCCGUUUGUGUGCCGGCUGCGGUGGCCGCAUCUCUGACCGCUUCCUGCUCUUCUCCAUGGAGCGCUAUUGGCACACACGCUGCCUGAAGUGCUCAUGCUGCCAGGCACAGCUGGGUGAGAUCGGCACCACCUGCUACAGCAAAGGGGGCAUGAUCCUCUGCAGAAACGACUACAUCAGGUUGUUUGGACACAGUGGGGCUUGCAGUGCAUGUGGUCAGUCGAUUCCAGCCAGCGAGAUGGUGAUGAGGGCACAGGGCAAUGUCUACCACCUGAAGUGUUUCACAUGUGCUACAUGUCGGAACCGGCUGGUGCCCGGGGACAGAUUUCACUACGUCAAUGGCACCAUCUUUUGUGAGCAUGACCGGCCUGGGGGAGGCAUGCUCAGCAGUCACCUGGCCCCACUACAAAGCAGCACGCUUCUGCCUGACCAAAAGGUAUGUUAAAGGGACAAAGACUCAGCACAGCACAGCGUGCCUUCAGAUUUGUCCUUCUUUUUCUCUGAAUCUUUACUCCUCCUCUACAUCUUUACCUUGCUUCAAAAAGCGCUGAUGUCCCUCCAUUCUGCAGAUGAACACACCUUAACGGACUCUAAACGGCUUUGCUCGAAAAACAGAAGUUCAUGUCUUUUUAAACUGAGCUCUCUGUGGCUGGAAGAGCUUCGUCCUUCGUGUUCAGGGUAAGAUGAGUGAGCAGAGAAGAUUAAAGUUUCUGUUAAUGUUGUCUGUGGGAUGGCAUUAAACGAACCCUGCUGAUAAACCCUAAACACAGAGGAUGAGGAAAGGAGGCUGACGUUCGAUAUUAAGACACUUUUUGUUCCCCUAGAGGACAGCGUGGAUGUUAUGCGAAACACUCCUGACAGUUAAGUGCAGUGGACAUUGUUACUGCUAAUGGAUAAUGGUGAUUGUUUUUUUUUUCUUCCAACAGAGAGAGACCUGACAUUUUUGUGGUUUAUACUCUGUAAAAACACAAUUUUCAUAACUUCUGAUUGUGAGUUUUGUACUGCUGGUGUUUGCUUGUUUCACGUCAUUGGCAGGAGUUUGUGUUUCUGUGGGCCUGAUGUACUGAUGUCCCGGGUUAGGAAACAAGGAGAAUAGAAUACAAAUGUAUGUAUUCUUGUCUUUUACUGUUGUAAUGUGCGCUCAGCAGCUGACUUUUUGUGUUUCUGAGCAAAAGUGCAUUUAAAAUGAUAUAUCUGUAUAGCUAAAAAGUACUUAUUAAAUAACUAUAACCAA